GCAGCAGCAGCAGCAGCAGCAGCAGCAUUUUCACUGCCAUCGAUGGUGCUGCCGCUGGGAGAUGCUGCACGCUCAGCUCCCGGCCGGAGGGGGGUAGCAGCAGCAGCGGCAACAGCAGCAACAGCAGCCACUGCCAUCGCCUUCGUCGCUAGCUCCUUCUUCCGAGGCAAGGAUUGCUGCUGGUGCUGGAAGAGAACAGCCAUGCCUCACCUUCUUCCUGACAUGGAGCUGCUGCUGGAGUGAGCGGGCGAGCGGGGCACGAAGCAAGGCAGAGCUCCGGCCGCUGCAUGGAUGGAUGUGUUUAGCUUUGUCAAGAUUGCCAAGCUCUCCGGGUAGGUCCUCCUCCUCUCCUCUCUUCACUGGGUCUUUCUUGGGUUAUCUCGAAUUCUUUCAGCUGCUGCUGCUGCUGCUGCUGCUUCCUCCUCCUCUCUUGGUCUCUCUGGUCCAUUUGGGGCGAUGAUGGGCGUUUGGCGCUGGAGAAGCGGAAGGGAGUGAGAGCCACAGAACCAAGUCUUCAGGCUGGCCUCCCCCUUCAGGAACCUGGACCUUGAACCAGGGAUCUUCCUAUGGAUGGGAGAUGACGGCAAACAGAGAUGGGAGAGACUACUUCAAUCACAUAACGCAGUCUGCCCCUUUUGAUGACCCACGAUUAGACAGCUGCCAAAUCACACCUCCAGCUCCUCGGAAAGUGGAAAUGAGGCGAGAUCCAGUGCUGGGAUUUGGUUUUGUGGCUGGCAGUGAAAAGCCCGUGGUGGUGCGCUCUGUCACACCAGGGGGUCCCUCUGAAGGAAAACUUAUACCGGGAGAUCAGAUCAUAAUGAUUAAUGAUGAGCCUGUCAACACUGCUCCAAGGGAGAGAGUCAUCGACCUUGUCAGAAGCUGCAAAGAAUCGAUCCUCCUUACUGUUAUUCAGCCUUAUCCUUCUCCUAAAUCGGCAUUUAUCAGCGCUGCGAAAAAGGCCAGAUUGAAGUCGAAUCCUGUCAAAGUGCGAUUCUCGGAAGAGGUCAUUAUUAAUGGCCAGGUUUCUGAAACUGUUAAAGAUAAUUCACUUCUUUUCAUGCCAAACGUUCUGAAAGUGUAUCUUGAAAAUGGGCAGACCAAAUCUUUUCGGUUUGAUUGCAGCACUUCAAUAAAGGAUGUCAUCUUAACACUUCAAGAGAAGCUCUCAAUUAAGUGUAUUGAACACUUUUCCCUGAUGCUGGAGCAGAAGGCUGAUGGGUCUGGAACCAAACUUCUCUUGCUACAUGAACAAGAGACUCUUACUCAGGUGACCCAGAGGCCAAGCUCCCACAAGAUGAGAUGUCUCUUCAGAAUCAGUUUUGUCCCAAAGGAUCCCAUUGACCUUUUACGAAGGGAUGCAGUUGCCUUUGAAUAUCUGUAUGUACAGAGCUGUAACGAUGUGGUUCAAGAGAGGUUUGGACCUGAGCUCAAGUAUGAUAUUGCACUGAGACUGGCUGCGUUACAAAUGUAUAUUGCAACCGUGACCACAAAGCACACGCAGAAAAUCUCUCUCAAAUACAUUGAAAAAGAAUGGGGCCUGGAGACUUUCCUCCCAUCUGCUGUACUGCAAAGCAUGAAAGAAAAGAACAUAAAGAAAGCACUUUCGCACCUUGUCAAAGCAAAUCAAAACCUAGUUCCUCCGGGUAAAAAGCUUUCUGCUCUGCAAGCCAAGGUACACUAUCUCAAGUUCCUCAGUGAUCUGCGGCUUUAUGGGGGCCGUGUAUUCAAAGCAACGUUAUUGCAGGGUGAAAAACGUUCCGAGGUGACACUGUUAGUGGGGCCGCGAUAUGGUAUCAGCCACGUAAUAAACACCAAAACAAAUCUGGUAGCUCUGCUGGCAGAUUUCAGCCACGUGAACAGAAUUGAGAUGUUUACAGAAGAUGAAACUAUUGUUCGAGUUGAGCUUCAUGUGCUAGAUGUAAAACCAAUCACUUUGCUAAUGGAAUCGUCAGAUGCCAUGAAUCUUGCCUGUUUAACUGCUGGAUAUUAUAGACUUUUAGUUGAUUCCAGACGUUCAAUAUUUAACAUGGCCUGCAAGAAAAAUAUUGGAAGCCGCGAAGCAGGGACUGAAAUUAAGGGGAAGCAUAACCUCCAUGGCCCUGAGUGGAACUGUGUAGCGAAAACGACGACAUUCCCAGCGGAAGGAGCGCAGGAGGUGCACAUGUAUAUAGACUCAAGACAAAAAACUGCAGAUGCUAAUGACAGCACCUUCUGCCCAAAAGAACACAGGCACUUGUACAUAGAGAGUGUUUAUAAUUCUAGUGUCCUUGAUCAGCAGCUGGCCAAACAAGAGGACUCUGCAGAGGCAGAAGAAGAGAACCAAAAUUUAAACCAGCAAUCUGCACUGUCAUACUCAGGAGGAAUAGAAUCAAGCAAGAAAACGCAGGGAUCUCCAAGAGCUGCAAAAGUAUCCUUUAUUUUUGGAGAUCACAGUUUGGACGGCAUUAACCCCCAAACCCUUGGCUAUGAAAGACUAAUGGAUGAAAGUCCAGAAGCACUGGAAAGGCAGAGAGCUCUUUAUAUAAGCCAUGCCAAUGACAUCAAGAGUUUGGAGUUGUCCCCUGAUGCUGAAAGCAUUCAGUUUGCUGCAAAUUCCGUUUUUGCAGGUUUGAAUGAUGGCAAAAUAUUUGGAGCUGCAGAAGGAAUAGAGGAGCCCUUGCUGCAUGACAUUUGCUAUGCAGAGAACACAGAUGAUGCCGAAGAUGAGGACGACGUAAGCUGUGAGGAAGACAUGAUUGUGGGAGAGAUCAACAGGCCUACUCUUCUCAGCCUUUCGGGUUCCAGUGAUGACAUCAUUGACUUGACAUCACUCCCACCUCCGGAAGGGGAUGACAAUGAAGACGACUUCCUCUUGCAUUCUCUGAACAUGGCCAUUGCAGCUCCUCCCCCUGGAUUCAGGGAUAGCUCUGAUGAAGAAGACUCUCAGAAUCACACAGUACAGUAUGGAGAGGACAGGGAGGAGACUAAUAAUGCAGGGAGUGAUGAUAUUCCAGUGUCGCUUAUUGAUGCUGUUCCUACAAAUACUGAAGGAAAAUGUGAAAAGGGUCUGGAUGAUGCUGUGGUUUCUACUCUUCAAGCACUGGAGGCCUUGGCUGCUUCGGAGGAACAGCAGACAAAUGACAACUCAGGUGUAGCCAUCUUGAGAGCAUAUAGCCCCGAAUCAUCCUCAGAUUCUGGCAAUGAGACUAACUCUUCCGAAAUGACUGAAACUUCUGAAUUGGCCACAGCACAGAAACUGUCUGAAAAUGCCACGCGCCUGUUUCUGCCCACUAACGAAGGUUAUCAACCGCUUGUGGAGCAGCAGGCUGAGUUCUCCAUCACCAAGAGCCAGGCUGGAGGCCUGCUGCUGAAAUCCGUACAGUCUUCAGCCAAUCAGCAAGUUGCAGAGCUACAGUCAAAAGUUGUGCCUUCCAAGCAGAUUCUCCAUUCAGAUAACAUGGAGAUGGAACCGGAAACCAUGGAAACAAAGUCUGUUACUGAAUAUUUCAGCAAGCUGCACAUGGGGUCCGUGAUAUAUUCUUGCACUACCAAACGGAAAAAUAAGGCGGCCGAAGGGGAAGGGAAAGCAACCCCUGAUGGCAAUGUUGUUAUGAAAAAACAUGUGGGGGCUAAAAAGACAGAAGCCGAUGAGCAAAAGGGCAAAGUCAGCACUCUCUCCUCAAGAGAGGGUCAGCGCAUAAGCACUUUUAAUGUGGAAAGAACUGCCUUUCGCAAGGAUGGCCAAAGAUGGUAUGCUGCUUCGGAUGAGGGAGCGGCAGAGAAGCCAAAUUCAGAAACGGUGAACGGAAAGGCAGUUCCGAGAGUUUCAAGCCUUGGGAAAACAGAGGUGGACUGUAAAGAGGAAGUGCACCCUGAGAUUAGUCCUAGUGGUGCUUUAGGGCAUGGGCCAGAUGAACAUUUUGUUUCAGAUGUGACUACUCUCUCUUCACCCAAGGAGCGCAAUGACUCUGAAGAUGCUAAUUCACCUGGCAAUGGCCACCUCCCAAAGCUCCUGGAAGCAGAGCAGAGCAUGACUAGAUUAUGUGAGUAUCACCUAGCUAAGCGCAUGUCAUCCCUGCAGAGCGAAGGCCACUUUUCUCUGCAAAGCUCGCAGUGCUCCUCAGUGGAUGCAGGGUGCAGCACAGGCAGCAGCACGUGCGGAACCCCGGUCGAAUCUCCUCUUUGCACCUCUGACGCAAAGCACAUUAUCCCUGACUCAGCAGGAAAGGGCCUCAGCUACAUUAUUCCAGCAGACGAAAGAGCUGCCAUGCUCUCCAGCCACGGAGCAACGUACAAGGAGCUGCACCAGCAGCCUGAAACUGUGUGCCACAGAAUGGCAGUGCCUGUUAUGCAUCCCACAGUCAAUUCCGCUGACCCACUCUUCGGCACGUUGAGAGAUGGAUGUCACAGGAUCCCCAAGAUUAAAGAAACUACAGCUUUCACAGAGCCUGUGACUGGAAGACAAGGAAGCAUGUCUUCAGCUUUUCCUAACCAGCCCAGAGCUGAUUCCAUCACGCUAUCAUCCCACAUUCACUCAGAAUCAAAGGUGCCAAUUCGAAACCAAGACUCUUUUGAUGUUCCCAAAGUCAACCAGUCAGGUGGGGUAGCGGUUAGUUUAUGGCCAUAUGAGAUGAUGGGGGGAAGCCUCAGGAUGCCGCACAACAGGAAAGUUCUGCGACGAAGCAGUAGCGUCACUGCAGAAUCGACAAGCCUCGAGAUGUUUCUCGAGAAGAAGAAAGCCGCAGUCAGUGUGUUAUGUACAGACAUCGCUGAAGCAGGUGGCUCAACAAAAUCGGAAAAAAGAGGAGAACUUCCUCUGGGCAAAACAUUAUCAAAAAGUUAUUCCCAGAGCUCUGUGAAUGUCAGCAGCAUGGGCAGCAAGAGAUCUCCUGUCUUGAAUGCCAUCCGGAAGGAGUCCAAGCAGUACAGAACGUUGCCCUUACGAAAGCUGGAUGCCAGCAAUUGGAAAUGCCGCGGACCCUUUAGCUAUUGUUUCCUAGCGAGAGGAAAUGCUGAAGAGGACGAGGAUGAAGACGAACGCAGAGGUGGUGCCCAGCUCUCGUUCCUCUAUCGUCCUGAGAUACAGUGCCAGGUAGCAGAAUUGUCCCCUCGGCCUCCUUCCAUUGAAAGUGAGGAGAAUGGGAAGGAGGGCACAAAGACUGCCAGCGAUGCCAAAAGCAGCCCAAGCAGCAAAAGCACUCGUGGAGACCAGGAUGGUCAAACCGAUAGGAAUCUCAGCGACAUGUCCUUCGAUGCACAAAUAGCGAGACUCAGCGUAAUGAAGGAGAAGAAUUAUGCAGUGCCUGAUGGAUUUCUUGCAGCACAAAAAGAUGCCAAUGAGCUCCUCUGUUUGGUCCGAUCGAGUAUGGGGAAGAGGGAGGAUCAUUCAGAAGCAUAUGACCUUAAACUUUCUCAGUAUAAACAACUGUUAUCUGUAGAAUCGAGACAGUUGGGAAGUGCCUGCAGGAAAAUGGCCAUGGCUGAAAAAAGCCCAGAGGAAAUGCUUGUAGCUAUGACUUCCAGCUUUCAAGUACUCUGUUGCUUAACAGAAGCCUGCAUGCGAUUAGUUAAAAUCAUGAACUCUGAAACACAGCAGGAGGAAAUUGUAGCUAAAAUAGAUGAGGUUGUAAUAAACUACAUUUGUCUUCUAAAAGCUGCGGAAGCAGUAUCUGGUAAGACCUCCAGUAACUCUAGCAUUAAACUCUUGGCUCGUAAUUCGACCACCAUGGCCACUAUCGUAAGCACACUAACACGUUCUCUUAAAAUGCUUUUAAAUAAAUAAACAGAAGUCACUUCAUAAUCUACCUUUGCAAAGCCAUACAUUAAAAAAAAACUUUUAUUAAUUGUACGUGUAUGAAAUAAUGUUUAAAAAAACCACCUUGACGCUCUCUCUGUAUAUUUUGUUAUUUUAUAUAAAAUAGGUAUGAGAUAGAAAAAACAAAAACAACUAUGGGACUUCUGACCAGUUCUAUCCUCCUCCUCUUUCUUUCUUUCUUUCUUUCUUUCUUUUUGAAGGAUAAAAACUAUAUAAAAGCAUUUGGAAGUUUGACUUUUUCCAUAGUCAAAUCUACAGGUGUUUGAUCUUAAUUUCUUAAGACUGCAAUGCUAGAGGAUUUACUUCCUUUCCCCCUCCAAGUUUAUACUUGGGAACUAUACUGUUCAUGGUUAGAAC